AUGCCUUCGCAACUAGGUCGAUUGACAAAUCUACAAUCACUGCCUCUUUUUGUGGUGAGCGAAGGAAGUGAUCAUUCAGGGAUAAGAGAGAUAGGGCCCCUAUUGCAUCUCCGAGGGACAUUGUGCCUCUCAGGAUUGGAGAAUGUGACUAAUGUCGAGGAUGCCAGGAGGGCCAACUUGAAAUGCAAGGAGAGGCUUGAUUCACUGGUCCUAAAAUGGUAUUAUUCAAGCGACACGAGAGAAACAGAAUCCGCUGUGCUUGACAUGUUACAGCCUCAUACAAAGCUCAAGGAGCUCACCAUCAAGGGUUAUGCCAGAGAGGAAUUUUCAUCAUGGGUUGGAGGUCCAUUGUUCUCUAAUAUGGUGCUUGUGCGCUUAGAGGAAUGUAACAAUUGUUUAUCCUUGCCACCUCUCGGACAAUUGCCUCGUCUCAAAGAGCUUUAUAUUAGAGGAAUGAAUGCAGUCGAAAGUGUUGGUGCUGAGUUUUAUGGUGAGUGUGUCAUGCCUUUUCCGCUGUUAGAGAUUCUCAAGUUUGUGAAUAUGCGGCAUUGGAAGGUGUGGCUUCCUUUCCAACUGGAUCACGGAAGUGGUGUUUUCCCUUGCCUAAAAAGGCUUUCAAUCAAGGAAUGUUCUAAGUUGGAAGGAAAACUGCCAGAGAAGCUUGAUUUGUUAGCCGAACUUGAAAUUGUUCAAUGUGAGGAAUUGACGGUUUCGAUUGCCAACUACAAACAGCUUCGUCAACUAAACAUUGACGGUUGUAAAGUGUUGGAACAUACAACUGCUAAGGUUGAGUUUGAGUUAUUAGAGUCCUUGUGCAUUUCAAACAUUUCGGAGGUGAUGUCUCGGCCAACAGGGGAAUUGUUCAGGAAGGGACUAAGCAAGGUUAGAGAUUUGAAGAUCAAUGGAUGUGAGAAGUUGACGUCUUCACUGAAGAAUGAGGCUAGAUUAUUGCAGCGGUUGACUUCUCUUGGCCGUUUGGAAGUUAAAGACAACUCUCCUCUAGUUGAAGAAUUGGGAGAAGAAGCAGAGGAGUUGCUGCAAUUGCAAAUAUUGGAUUGCAAGCUUGAAUUUCUAGAGUUAAGAAAGUGCGAAAAUCUUUUGAAGCUACCAAAAGGGUUAAAUCAGCUGUCGUCUCUUCAAGAGCUUCGCAUACACGAAUGUUCAAGUCUAGUUUCUUUUCCAGAUGUUGGUCUGCCACCUUCUCUUAAAGACAUCUGGAUUGCAGAGUGCAAUUCGUUGAUAUAUUUUGCAAAAUUCCAGAUUCCCCAAAAUCUCAGAAGAAUAGAGAUAAUAUAUUGCAAAAGUUUGAAAUCACUAGUAGAUGAGGAGGAAUGUGAACGACUGGGUUUAAUAGCACCGAACGGGUUCUUCAGCAACAACACCUAUCACUGCCUUGAAUAUAUUAGGAUCUGUAGCUGCCAAAAUCUGAAAUCCUUACCGGAUGGCUUAUGCCACCUCAGCAAUCUUCAAGAGCUAUGUAUUAUAAAAUGUGGAAGUCUUGUUUCCAUCCCGAGACUGAGUGGGGGGAGAAGACCCUCCAACCUGAGAAAUAUCUUGAUCCGAGAUUGCGAGAAAUUGGAGGCGUUGCCCGAAGACAUGCACAAUCUCAACUCUCUUGAGAGUUUGUUCAUCGACUACCGUGAAGGUUUGACUUUUCCUCCCAACCUAACAUUUCUUCGAAUUUGGGAGGUCAAGAGCUGUAAGUCAUUGUGGGAGUUGGAGUGGGGGUUGCACAGACUCACCUCUCUUAGACGCUUAGAGAUUAUCGGUGAAGACCCGGAUACGGUGUCGUUUCCACCCGACAUGGUACGGAUGGAGACGCUCUUCCCCAAAUCUCUCACUAGCCUCUCAAUAGAUGGCUUCCCGAAUCUGAAGAAACUGAGCAGCAAGGGCUUUCAAUUCCUCCCCUCCCUUCAAUCUUUGAAACUCUCCUAUUGUCCAAAGCUAGCAUCCAUUCCAGAGGAGGGUCUGCCUCCUUCACUUACGAAACUUUGGAUCUAUGAGUGUCCAGUGCUAAAAGAGAGAUGCCAACCAGGAAAAGGACGCUACUGGCACAAAAUAUCCCACAUCCCUUGCAUACAGAUAGAUGGCACACUGAUAUGA